AUGGAUAAGGGCAAAAUUUAUAGCUGGGACCCUAAAUCGACAGGCCGAUACUGUAUCAACUUGUUCGCGGACGACAAUUGUGACGAUCGGAACGGAUGGUCAUGUCCAGUUUGGGGGCCACGGAAACUCGGCCAACCUUGGGUUAAGUCGUUUUUAGUUAAUAUGGAAGGCGACGAACUUCCAGAGCCGUCGUCGUCAACAUCAGAGAAGUCUGCAUCUACAACCCGUACCAGCACAAACCACGAGUCAAGCACAACCCGCAUUUCGACCACAUCAUCAUCUACAGACUCCACAGAAUCCUCUACAGAGUCUAGCUUUACCACUUCCACAUCGGAAACAUCGUCCACAUCAACUGAUAUCACGAGUAUGCCUACAGCCCAUACCACAAUGGACAUGCCAAUUGAAACUGAGCGACCAACACAUCGGCCAAAACACCCCCAUACCGAGACACCUGUAUCUGGAGGUGUAAUUGCUGGAGCAGUGAUUGCAUCAAUAGUCGGUGUAGGGGGGCUGGCAUUCUUUGGCUACUUUAUAUAUCGUUUACGCAAGGCAAAAGCAGCAUCCCCUCUGGGCCCAUCUCCUGAUCUAUUCUUUUCACGCCCACCAAAGAACGGAUUCCAAGAACUUGAUUCUCUACCAAUGUCGCCUGCAACAGGGCCACCAUAUGCACCUCCCGCUUCGAUACCGACCAUACUGGAGCCUGAAAAGGCCAGGACGGCUGGGUAUGGAAACCAACAUCCACCCAUGGCCGAGCUACCUGAUACUUCCCAAGUUUGGGAAAUGGAUGUUACUCGGCAGAAGGAGUGA